CCAGUCAGGAGACAUUUAGAGACCCUGCAGUCCAUAGCGAAGCCAGAGGAAAUCUGCUGUCUCAGCCUCCCUUGAUCCGCACAGUAUGGGCCGGCAGUCUUCAUUCUUGGUCAUCUCUGUAUUGCUGGGAAUCUUGAGCAGGGUUCAUUGUGCUCAGGUGGAUAACUGGAAGAACGCCAAGAAUAUAUAUGAAUUCUCCGCUACAGACAUCGAUGGCAAUCUAGUCUCCCUUGAGAAAUACAGGGGCUUUGUCUGCAUCAUUGUGAAUGUAGCAUCAAAGUGAGGAAAAACUCCUGUAAACUACACUCAGCUUGUCAACCUUCACGCCAACUAUGCUGAGAAAGGUUUACGCAUCCUUGGGUUUCCCUGCAACCAGUUUGGAAAACAGGAACCUGGGGAUGAAUCUCAAAUAAAGGACUUUGCUGCCUCAUACAAGGUGGAGUUUGACAUGUUUAGUAAGAUUGAUGUCAACGGCGAUGGCGCCCACCCUCUGUGGAAAUGGAUGAAGACUCAAUCCAAGGGGAGGGGUACCCUUGGGGAUGCUAUCAAGUGGAAUUUUACCAAGUUCCUGAUCGACAGAGAGGGUUUUGUGGUGAAGAGAUACAGUCCUAUGGAGGAUCCAGUUGUCAUAGAAAAAGAUCUUCCGCGCUAUCUGUAAGAUGUUCCAUACUCCCAGUUUCUGACAGUUGACGGCAGUCUUCAGUCCCAAUAAUGAUGGUAUGCUUCAAAACCUUUAAUGGGGAGGCGAACCGGAAGGUGUUUUGGCGUGCACCUGUGGAGGGAGACUGUACUUUGCUUUCAGGACUUGAAGCAUGGAUCAAGAAAUACUAUUUAAAUAAAAGCACUUAAACUUUCA